AGAGACUGAUUCCAGCAUUUUUAUAUUUUUUUAUAUGCUGGUAUCAGCAUAUACUGUCCCAACUUUGUCCGUGUCUAUCAACUUGAUUGGUGGAUGCUGUUUUAAAGUUACAGAAACAAGUGGGGCAAUUUUGAAAAAGAAAAGAGAAGAGGAAUGAACUGCGCAAUCUAAAUGUAGAUUCACUCGUUUUGGUUGUUUUUACUUUCCUUUUACAUUUCUGGACUGUUUUUCCGACUUCAUCAUGGCAGGCAGGUGGAACCUCCUGAUAAUGGCUCUGUACCUCUCCCUCAUCAUGGCCCUGUCAAACCCAUCCUGCCCUAAAGGAUUUAAUGUGGUGAAGCGAACAUGCGUUGAUGAUGAUGAAUGUGCCGUCGAUGAGGACUAUCCUGAUGAAGUUGGGCCAUGUGGAGAGAACGCGGACUGUCACAACUCCAUCGGCAGCUUCCACUGCCAAUGUGCGGAAGGUUUCGCAUCAGGGGCUUUGCAUUUCAAGGCUGGAACAACAUGUAAAGAUGUCAAUGAGUGCUUGGAGGACAAAGAGCUCUGUGGACUUAAUGCCACAUGUUUUAACACAAUUCCACAUUAUUCCUGCAUUUGUGACAAUGGAUUCAUUUCCUCUACUGGAGUGGAACGCUUUCACCACGGUGACAACGUUACAUGCAGAGAUAUUGAUGAAUGUCAAGAGUACAAUGCGUGUGAUCAAAAUGCAGCAUGCGUCAACACACCAGGCAGUUUUCACUGUGUCUGUAACGCUGGCUUUGGACUCAAAUCUGGCAGAUCGAACUUGUCUGGCACUCAAGUGCAAUGUGAAGACUUAUGUGUGAGUGAUAAGACAAUCUGUGGAAACGGAACCUGCCACCGUGGAGCUAGCGGCCUUUACUGUGCAUGCCACGCAGGGUUCACUAACUAUGGCAACAAAGGGUCUCGCUGCACUGCAUUAAACUGUGAUGUAUUCAAGCCCGUGAACAUUCUGCAAGAGAAAUUUCAGCUUGCACAUGAUCUCCUGAUGCAAUUGGAAAUAAGCUGUCUCAACCUAACAGAAAGUGAGAAUCCAACAGAGCUGGAUGGAGAGGACAUGCUGAUGAGACUGUUGUCUGUGAUUGACAAGCUCUUGUCCAGUGGAGCCUUCAAUGAUAACAGGAAAGUCUCCAGCUUUCUGAACAUGGUGGAGAACACGCUGAAGCUCAUCGGAGCUUUCAUUAAGCCCCCUGGGAUAACGAGAUCCUCCACUCACACAGAGCUGGAGCUGCUGGUAGAGAAAGGGACGGACUUACCCAAGGGAGCUGUGACUUUAUCAUCUAAGCACGCUCAGCUGGACAUCCAGUUGGAGACCGCUGCUGGAGAUCUAUCCUAUUACCCUGGCUUUACAACAGUGUCCUUGCUGAGCUAUGCAAACCUGGAGGACUCUGCCGAUGGCUUCUUUGGUGGGAUGAAACCACAAGUGAACCAAAGCUUUGAGCUCAACUCUAAAGUCGUGACUGUCUCUGUCAGUAACAGAAACACAACCCACCUUCAGGAGCCAAUCAAAUUAAAGUUCUACCACCUCAAACAGACAAAUGAAUCCGACUCGACCUGUGUGUUCUGGGAUGCCUCAGAGGAAGGAGGGUCGUGGUCUCCUCGUGGCUGCAGAGUGGUGGAGUCCCAGCCUGAAUACACUGUGUGUUCCUGCAACCACCUGAGCAGCUUUGCUGUGCUCAUGGCGCUCUAUGACAUAGAGGACACGUUUGAAUUGCAGCUGAUCACCAAGGUGGGUAUGUCCCUUUCACUAAUCUGCCUGUUCCUCUGCAUCCUGACGUUCUCCUUGAUCCGAUCCAUCAAAAGCCCAAGAACCACCAUCCACCUGCACCUCUGCGUCAACCUCUUCAUUGCCACCGCCAUCUUCCUCGCAGGCAUCUCUCGUACGGAAAGCCGGGUUGGCUGUGCAGUGGUAGCAGGGCUGCUGCAUUUCUUCUUCCUGGCAGUCUUUUGCUGGAUGUGUCUGGAGGGCAUACAACUCUUUAGGAUGGUCGUCCUAGUCUUUAACACCAACUUCAAAACGUUCUACAUGAUGGCAGGUGGCUAUGGAGUGCCAGCUGUUAUUGUCGCUUGUUCUGCCUUAGCUAACGCCCGGGGAUAUGGCACCGAGAGACAUUGUUGGUUGAACCUGGAUUUAAUUUGGGCUUUCUUUGGCCCUGCAUGCAUCAUCAUUAUUGUGAACGUGUUCUUCUUUCUCAUCACUGUGUGGAAGUUGGCACAGAAGUUCUCAAGUUUAAACCCCGACCUUGACAAUCUACAGAAAAUAAAGACAUUCACCAUUACUGCAAUGGCUCAGCUGGCUUUGUUGGGCACCAUGUGGAUCUUUGGUUGUUUCCAGUUUGAGGAGGGCACAAUAAUCAUGUCUUACCUGUUCAGCAUCUUUGGCAGCUUUAAUGGGGUUAUGAUAUUUGUGAUGCACUGUCUUUUUGCCAAACAGGUGAGAGAAGAAUAUGGACACAUGAUGUCCAGAUUCUGUGCUCCUUGGAAGAAGAGUUACUCAAGCUUCAGUUACUCGCACACCAGCAAAGCUCAUGCCUCAAAGAGCACCCAGGACACGGGAGAGUCUCGCAUCUGAGCCGCUACAAAGUGACGCAGGAGAAAAUUCUCAUUUAUUUCCUGAAGAGGCCAACUGCUGCCGUGCUAUUUGUGGUCAAUGAACCGGUUUGCAUCACUGCAAAAUGUUGUAAAUAGUUUCCUUCUUUACAUUUUCUUUACUUUUUGUUAUUGGGUUGGUCUUUGUAUGUAUAGCUAUUUAAGUGGACUGUUAGGGAUUUCCUUCAAAAUGAGAAAAGACAUUCAACGGUUGUUAAGCUAACCCUUGAUUAAAGUGCAUAGUGGGUUUUACUUUCAUUCCCACAUUGGUUUUAUUUUAAUAUUUCCGAAUGGUAAAACAAAAUUUCACUUGUUUUGUAGAAAAAAAAUAGACUGGACCAAAAUAUGAAAGUGAUAGAUAAUGUUAUGAAAACCUGUUUUAUCGGCUAUAUGUAAUAUGGCUUAACGUGUCAUCCAGGUACUUGAUUGAACCAGAAAAGACAAUCUAAAAGACAUUUCUGAUGCAAGCACUUUUUACUGUCAAACUUGUAUUUAAAUUGUUAUUAUCUUAAUUUGACCAACGAAAAGAAGGACCAUUAAAAGACAGAUAUCUUAAUGUAUGUGUGUGUAUAUUGCUGGACAAUUCAGUUUUGAAUACAGUAAGUAACUGCAUUCCUGCUCCAAUCAGCAUUCUGUAACACGUGAAAUAUAUUAUAUCAAAUUAUUUCAAAAGAUUAUUUUUUGGUCUUUCAAGACUUGAAUGUUCAAAGAUAACUUGUGUUAUUAUUGUCUAUAGGGAUAUUAGUACUGUUGUAAGCACUGGUUUUAGCUCAAUUCUGAACUUUCUGUUUGAUGUUUGGUGAAAAUAAAUAUCUUAGCUUUUA